UAAAUCAUAAAAACACUUAAUUAAUGCUAAUGGGCAUCUUGAAGAGCUCUCUUGCAUGUGUUCUGAUACAAUUCUUUGUCAAUUUUGAUGAUCCUUUUGGCUGCUGGUUUUAGUAAAUGUUGCUCUCUCCGUUUCGAUUUGUUUGCCUGGUUUUUGACUUGGUACGGAGUUUAAGAAAGUAUGGAAAGAUUUUUGGAUCUUGGGGUGUUAAAUUAAAGAUAUAGAACAACAACAACAUAUCUAGUGAGAUCCACAAAAUGGGGUCUGGGGGAGGAUAGAAUGUACGCAGACCUUAGCCCCUGCCUUGGGAGAUAGAGAGGUUGUUUCUGAUAGACCCUCAGUGCAAGGACAAGCAAAGAUUAAAGAUAUAUGAAAUGUCCUUUAAUCUUGUGGUCUUAGAACAUGCCAUGUGGAAAGUUGGGAUUGAAGAGUUGCAAAAAAAAAAAAAAAGGAAAGAGGGGUUCUUUUUUAAACGGCUUAAAAAUGAAAGUAAGACAAACAAAUUGAAAUAGAGGGAAUAUGAAUCAGGGAAUAUUGGGUUUUAGUUAGAGAUUUUUACGAUAUCCAACUGUUUCAAUAUGCUUCAUGAUCACGUAGGAAGGAGGAUGUUAGGAUCGAGUGGAAAAGGGAAUUUUUACAAAGCAAGAGUGGGCGUGUGAGCUGUGAACUGCUUUUUCUUUAAAGGUUGAAUCUUUGAAAAAGUCUCUGAUAAAAAUACACCAAUUCUUUUCGAGCCUGGUAUAUCAACUCUCAAGCUACUUCAAUAUUUAGCUUCCCUUUCCUUUUAGAGCCAGAGUUCUUUUUUAUAACCCUCGACUGAGGAGGGCUGGGAAGCCUCAGGAAGAAGUAAAUCGAAAUAUGGUGGAAAACAAUGCAAGCUUGCAUUUGAUGGACUUGUAAAUGAAGCAGAAUCAAUACCUAGCCUCAUGGAAUCCCUACAAGAUUAGAGAGGGAUUCUUCUUUUUGGUUUUUGCACACCUGUACAUAUUUCAGCACUUGCUUAAUGCUGUUGUUAUAAUAAAAUUACCUUUUCUAUAAAAAAGAAUAUGGAAGAGCAAUAUACUCUGAAAGCAAAACAUUUCACAUGACUGGCCGAUUAGAACUACGUCCACAAGUAGAGAGGAGCAAUUCACUAUAUCAGUGAUGGGUACAAAGGGUAAAGAAUAGAUGACACUCUAAUAAUCUCAGUACGCAUUAGAAGAUAGCAUAACCUCACUUUUUUUUUUGACCAAGUAAUUGAAUAACCUCACUUGAUACAGUCCCAAAAUGCUCACAAAGAGGUUUACUCAAGUGUAAGGUCUGAGACUUUUUAACAAAAUUAUUUCACCCAAACCCUAACACUGAACAUAACUGAAAACCCCAUAUCUUAAUGUAGUUUCACUCAAAAGAUAGUGUCAAUUAAUAGGCAGAUUCGGCCUCCACGCAAAUCCUUUGCAUUUAAUAUAACAGAUCUUCACAGUACAACCUAAUUUAAUUCUUCAGAUCACACUUUAUCAAAGAAUCUGCGUGUUGCACCCAUUUUGUCGAAACAAUGCAUGACUUACUAUUGGUUGUUACGUUCUCCUCACACCACAACAAAGCCCCAAUUUAGGUAAUGGCAUCCGCGUUCAUAUCACAUGGUGGAAUAGAUGUAAAUGAUUGUGCAGUUAUUGUUGAUAUUACUAGCUCAUUACAUAGCUUGUAAUAGUUUCCUCUUUUGAUUGUAAGUUUCAACCUCUUCAAACAUUCUCUUUUUGCUGGUAUAUCUAUAAAAGUUACUCUUUAGCAAUUAAAAAGAAAUAUCUGGCGGAAUUAAUGAGGUUGCCAAGUUGAAUAAAGAUUGCCCACCAACUUGUUUUGAGAAGAUAUGCCAGCUGAAAUUAGGACGAAACAAACAAAAGAGUUUGCAUGUCUAUUUACAGAAAAGUUAGGACUCUCACCAUGCCUAAAUGUGGCAGUUCACUUUUAGUAUUAUGUUUAAUUUUUAUUAUUCCAUUACCUUUGACAAAGCUGCAAGUUACUUUAUACUUGUGCAUUAAUUUUCAAGAACUACUAGAGGCUUGAUGCGCACUAUAGGUGUGUUUCUUUUGAGCCACACAUUGGAAGGAAACCAACAUGGAUAUAACUAACAGGCAAAACUUUAUCAAGUUUCAAGUUAAUCAACUUGAUCUAUGAGAGCAAACAUGCUCUUUUGAACUUUGGAUCUGAUUACAUAAUUGAAGGUCCUUAAUUUAGUUCUUAUGUAUUAGAAUUCGUUAAGCCUGGUAAUGGCAAGUGAAAUGAGGUUACUUAUAAAAUAUGGCAUGUAAAAUGGGGAUGAUCUUGUGGUUGAGAAAUAAAUGAGGACUAUAUUCAAGAACUGAGAUUACUAUUUAGUCCCUGCCUUAUUUUAUUUGGUUUUAUUAAUCCAUUUAUUUUACUGCUUGCACUUCGGAUAUGGGAGAGCCAUCUUCUUCACAAGAUAUGCUGCGGUGGUGAGGUUGGCUAAGGGUUUAGCUGACUUGCUCGGGUGUUAUUAGAUAGGGUCUUGGUGGCGGAUAUUGGUCUGCUGGUAUUCAUCUGCAUGGCAAUUGACUGUGGAAACCUGAGAGUCCUAAUAUUAUUUUUUGAUCGCUACCCAUCAGUCCUAAGGCACUAGUUGUGCAUGAUCCAUUGCUCAAUCAAGGAGGUCAGAGUAAUUUGUUUGUUUUUGCUGGCAAUCGUGACACGAUGCAAAAUGGAACAGCUGAGGCAGUUGUCUGCAAUUCCAAGAAACUUGAGGAUGCAAUGCAGGAGAUUGGUCUAAAAAUUAAACACCAUGAAGAUAAUAUCAAAUUCUUAAAGGCUCAGAAGAACAAGUUGGAUGAUUCAAUUUUGGAUUUACAAGUUUCUCUUGGCAAGAUUCAUUCAACAUGUGGAACUGAUUCUGAAAAUAAGGAAUCUUCCAAUGGGUGGAGUGAGGAGGAAACCAGUGAAAAAAUCUUAAGACUUGAUAAAUCCGCAGCUGGCAUCUGUUGCCAGCUGAAAACAGAUCAUGGAAGUCAGAUUACUCAUAUUCCGUUGAUGAAGGACGUCAUGGGUAUUGUUGCUUUGCUUGGGAAGGUUGACGACGACAAUCUCAGCAGGCUUCUCUCAGAUUUUCUGGGGCUAGAAACCAUGUUAGCAGUUGUUUGCAAGACGCAAGAUGGACUUAAAGCACUGGAAACAUAUGAUAAGGAAGGUUUUAUAAACAAAAGUUCUGGUCUUUAUGGCCUUGGAGCUGCAAUUGGGAGAGAUUUGGAUGACCCAUUUCUUGUAAUCUGUCUUGGGAACUUAAGACCAUACGCUGGUGAAUUCAUUGCUGAUGACCCUCAGAGGAGGCUUGAUUUAAUGAAGCCAAGAUGGGACAAUGGGGAAACUCCUCCUGGUUUUCUUGGUUUCGCUGUCAAUAUGAUCAAUAUUGACACUGCAAACUUAUAUUGGGCUACAAGCACUGGUCAUGGCCUCAGAGAGACCCUCUUCUAUAAACUCUUCUCACGGUUGCAAGUAUACAAAACAAGGGCAGACAUGUUGCAGGCACUACGUGUUAUAACUGAUGGAGCCAUAUCUUUGGAUGGUGGGAUCAUAAAACGUGAUGGUGUAUUUGUCCUAGGCAAGAGGGAAGUAGAGAUCAAAUUUCCAAAGAGUUCCAGAAGUUCGAAUAUACCUGAAAACUAUUUUGAUACUGAGAGCCGGAUGAAGGAGCUGAAGUGGAAAAGGGAAAGAUUUUUGGAAGAUUUACAGAGAGAACAAUCAUUCCUGGACCAAGCAAAGUUCAACUUUGAAAUAAAGAAGCAAGAGUUUGUCAAGUUUCUUGCACAUAGCUCAUCCUAUGUCACAGCGACUCAGGUUCCGGCAGGAGGGGAGCGGUCGACCCCAAUAUCAUGAUUGCGUAUUCGAGAAGCAUUUCUACAUUAGACAGGAGGAAACUUUAUCAGUUGAUUCAAUGCUCGAGCUGUUAAUUUAUAUUCUGGACAAUGCCCUCGUAGAUUAUAUGUGCAGUUUUAUGUCAUCCUUGUUUGGCUCAAUUUCAGAUUUGGGUGCAGUCUUAUGCCAGUCUGAUUCUUGUUUAGGUCAAUUUUCAUAGAUGAGUAGUAAGUUCAUUCAGGACAGUACCCUUUUCUCUUUUCCCAUCUUUUAGAUAUAGCAUGUUCUAUCAAUGUACAGGAUCGUGUUAGUUGUUGCACUUCACUUGAUGCUUAAGGUUGAAAUUUAUGCUACUUUUAUCUAA